UCAAGGAACUCUUAUAAAUCUAUGAGUCUUUCAUUGAACUGAACUUGGAAAUAGUUAGACGAAAAAAUUGAGUCUAGACUCUAGCCUGUGAUUUUGAACAUUGCAAUGAAUUACACACAUCGUGGGUAGAUAAAAUGAUGAGCUUUCGCUGAAGACGUGGGAUUUUAUUUUUAUUUUUAUUUAUUUAUUUAUAUUUUUUUUAAUUGUUUACAAACAGGUUGGCAACAAGCCCACUCCUGUCAGAGUUUCACCCUUACUGACUCCUAGGCACUUGUCUCAGAGAAGGAUUAGGUUGCCGGUAAGGAAAUAUCAUCCUAGAAAUGAUGGUCUGAAGGUGCCAUUCUUCAUUGACGAUGAAGAAACACCAAGUACGCCAAAGGCGGAUGCUUUUUUCAUUCCUCGGAAGAAUCCAAGGGCACUGGUUAUUCGUCCCAUGGACCAGUGGCCCACAAGAUCUAGUGCAGAAAAGCAGUCUCUAUUGAAAGAUACAGAUGCACCAGUUCAUCAAAAUGGUAUAAUCUCUGGGGAGGCAUCCGCUCCUGCUUUAAAUGGUUCCUUCUCUCAAGAUCAUGAUGGCGGCGAUGGACACUUUGCACAGUCAGCCCACUCCCGAUGGUACUCAGCGGAGUGAGCCAGAGAUCCUGAGUGAGGUGCUUGGCACCCGUUCUGGAUAUGUGCGUGGGCUUGGCCAUGGUGCCAAGUUCAUGGCACCCGCUAGAGCUGCCUCCACCCGAUCCAUCGUCAUUGGUGAGAGCGCCACCCGCCGAAUUAAUAUCGCAGAGAAAGAGGUUCAACAGCUACAGGUCGUCAUCCAUGACAUCAGAGAGCAGCUGGAGAAGAAGAGUGAGCAGCUGGAGAGGCAGAUGGAGGAACAGGAGGAGGAUGAAGGAUCUGACAAGGGAGAGAGAGGAGCAGGAGAGGAGGAUUGA